AUGCCAAGGCUUUUGAAAAACCUUGAUGUGAUGGAUGUAAACUGCCAGCCUAAGCGUUCAGCUUACGGAUUGCUUGAAAACAAGUUCAUAUUUUCUUGUUUUAAUCAGCUUUACAAGAUGGAUCCUGAAAUUUUUAUCACUUGGUGCAAUAUUUUAAAGCGUGUUCCCAAUAGUGCCCUUUGGCUUCUUAGGUUCCCAGCUGCUAGUGAAAUGAGACUUCAUGCCUAUGUUGCUGCACAGGGUGUGCAACCAGACCAUAUUAUUUUCACUGAUGUUGCUAUGAAGAACGAACACAUCAGAAUUUGUUACAUAGUGCUAUUAUUGGGUGGAUUCGCGGGAAGAAUCCAUCAAGAGUUGUACACUAUGAAUAUUGGGAAACAAUCAAUAGCACAUUUCGUCUGUAAGGAGGGUUUAUUUGGGAUUGGGUUGACCAGGGGUUACUCAAGGAAAAUGAAAAUGGUAGCAAAUACUGGGCAUAUGGAGGUGACUUUGGAGAUACACCAAAUGACUUAA